AAUACUUAUUACUAAUCAUAUUUUUCUACGCUUUAUCUACAGAAGUGCUCACUUAUUUUCUCCAUAUUUUUUUGAAAUAAUUACAAUUUGUAAAUGGUUCCAAAGCAAGCAACAAUAAAUUUUUUUUCAUUUUUUGAAUUAAGAAAACGGUGUCCAAAAAAUCAAAUCAAAGAAUUAGAAUAUUUUUAUUCAAAACAUCUAAAAUAUCGAGAACGUUUAUUGAUUUUAAAAAAGGAUGCUCCUGUUAUUGACUGGGAAUACUAUAGACAAAAUGUUCGAUCAAAAAAUGUGCCAAUAGUGAAUGAGUUAGAGAAACAAUAUAAAAGCUUUUGUGUGCCAUAUCCUGAGGAUAUUUAUGCUAAGAAAUUUGACGAGCUCAAAGCUAUUGUUGAGGUUGAAGUUGCAGAAUUUAUCAAACAAUCCAACCAACGUAUUGCUAAGUAUGAGGAGAGAAUUGCUACACUAAAAUCUAUGCUGCCAUAUGAUCAAAUGACUUGGGAAGAUUACUGUAAUUUAUGUCCAGAAGAAGCACCGGAUUUUUUGAAUAAACCAACUUUCUGGCCUCAUAACAAAGAAGAACAAAUUGGAUAUGUGGAGAACGAGGAAGAUGUCAUGAGAAGACUAUACUAUAAGGACUACGUGUAGUCAAUAUUUUAUGUUUUCAGUUGUAUGUUUCAUUUUCGAAUUAUAAUUUUUGAUAUACAUAUGUA